GAGAAGGGAAAUGCAGGGGUGGUAGCGGGUAGAGAGAGGCUGAGAAAUCAGUUUGAGGCCACUCAAAAUAUUCCCAAAAAUUUCACAAAAAGAGAGGAUUAAACGGCUUCAACCCGUUUUCAUAGCUAUGACCGUUUCUUUCCCUCCCUCUUCUCUCUCUCCACGUCGUUACCUAAGCUAUUUUACAUCCAAAAGAGACUUCUUUUCUUGGAGAUAUUUUUUCUUUUAUUUUUGGUUAUUUGUAAAUAGUAGUAGUAGUUGUUGUUUGUUGUUGGGUGUUUGUUGUUUCUCCUGUUUCUGCGAUCUUUUCUUAUUUCUUGAAUUCUCUCCAUUCCUGCAAAACCCAAGCUACCCCAUUUGUUUGAUUGAAGGUUAUCUCUAAUGAGUCAUUCCUUCGACAUUUAUAGGAUUUCUUCUCACUUUGUGAAAUCAAUAAACCAUGUUUGGUCCCAUUCUUCCAGUGAUUAACCUCAAGGCAAAGCAUCAAGAACAAUAGACGGCAAGCGAAUAGAACGCCUUUCCUUUAAUGCCACUUUGAGAUUCUGGUUUUCCCUUUAUAGGGGUGCUGUUGUGUUGCCCCAUCAAUGUCUUCAGAGCCUGCCAGGAAUCUUGACGCAUCUGAGAUGAGCUACAUCCCAUCAGAAGCAGCUUUGGAUGAACCCAAAAGGAUGGAAGGGUUUGACAAGAGUAAGACCAUCUUAACCACUAAUCCACCACCUUCUGACUGCAAAAAGGCAGAGCAAAUAGCCAAAAUUAGCACCAAUUCUGGUCAGAAUUCGCCUCGUAAGCCUGCAUAUACAAAAAAAGUUUCCAAGAUUAGUGAGAAUGUCAAGUUUAACCCACAAUUUGAUCCCAAGAAGAUGGACCCAAUAGACAAGCCUGUCACAAACUCGAGUACUAAUCAACGCCUGGCACCAAGCUUAAGAACGCCUGCAACUUCUGAAAUCCCUGUGACUUCAACAACCAUGUCAACAGGCGCUGCCGUGUCAUUAUUAGGAAACACAAAGACAGGUGAUGCAAAGAUCACUAGUUCCGUAACCAAUCAAGGCCAAGGGAAUGGGAAUAGCAGUCGCAGUGACAGCUUAGAGAGCUCCAUCGUACCCCUCAAGCCUCAUACUGGUGGUGAUGUACGAUGGGAUGCCAUUAAUAUGAUUAAUUCCAAAGGCAACUCAAUUGGUGUUAAACAUUUUGACCUUCUUAAGCGUAUUGGAUAUGGAGACAUUGGGAGUGUCUAUCUUGUUGAACUCAGAGGAACCAACACACAUUUUGCCAUGAAAGUCAUGGACAAGGUAUCUCUUGCCAGUAGAAACAAGCUACUCAGAGCACAGACAGAAAGAGAGAUUCUCGGACUUCUUGACCAUCCAUUCUUGCCCACUCUGUAUACUUAUUUCGAGACUGAAAAGUUCUACUGCUUGGUCAUGGAGUUCUGCAGUGGAGGAAAUCUUCAUUCUCUUCGACAGAAGCAACCGAACAAACAUUUUACUGAGGAAGCUGCAAGGUUUUAUGCAUCUGAGGUGUUGCUGGCGCUUGAGUAUCUGCACAUGCUUGGUAUCGUGUAUAGGGACUUGAAACCAGAAAAUGUGCUAGUAAGAGAUGAGGGGCAUAUCAUGCUCUCAGACUUCGACUUAUCCCUUCGAUGCUCUGUCAGUCCCACACUGGUGAAAUCCUCGUCUGUGCAUGUAGGCGCUGGUGGAGGUAGUGGUAAUGGUGGCAUUUUAGAUGAUGAGUAUGCAGUCCAUGGGUGCAUGCAGCCAUCAACAUUUUUCCCACGAAUUCUGCCUAAAAGGAACCGUAAAUCCAAAUCAGAUUUUGGCCUCUUUGUGGGAGGCUCAAUGCCAGAAUUGAUGGCAGAGCCUACAAAUGUCCGUUCCAUGUCAUUUGUUGGCACGCAUGAAUAUCUAGCCCCAGAGAUCAUUAGAGGAGAAGGUCAUGGUAGUGCAGUGGACUGGUGGACUUUUGGCAUCUUCUUAUAUGAGCUGCUGCAUGGAACAACUCCUUUCAAAGGCCAGGGGAACCGAGCCACGCUCUUUAACGUAGUAGGCCAGCCAUUGAGAUUUCAAGAAAGUCCGCAAGUGAGUUUUGUCGCUCGCGAUCUUAUACGAGGACUUCUAGUGAAAGAACCUCAUAAGCGAAUUGCAUACAAGAGGGGUGCCACAGAAAUAAAACAGCACCCUUUCUUUGAGGGGGUAAACUGGGCUCUUGUGAGAAGUGCUAUGCCUCCUCACAUACCUGAACCUGUAGACUUCUCGCAGUUUCCUAGAAAAGCGUCAUCCCCAGCUGACAAGAAAACGCCAGACUUCGGAGGGGCUAAAACCAACAAUACCUCUGAUGAUCCUUCUUAUAUAGAUUUUGAGUACUUCUAGCGCGAAAAAAAAAAAAAACAAAACUUUCCUUUGGAAGGGAAUCCAGAUUUUACAGAAGAAAGGAACUGAAUCCUGAUAAGAUACACACAUAAAUUUGUUGAUUUAAAUUUCAUUUGUUCUUUGGUAGGGGAGGAGAAAGAACUGUUGUAGACGGAAAUUUUUUUCACUAAACUCUUGUAUUUAUCCUUCUUUCAUACGGGGAGAUACGGUAUACUUAAUGAAGAUUGUGUAUCUAAUUUUGUUCUCAGAAACUUCUUUUUGAGUA